AUGCGUGUCCACUCUACUUUACAAACUGCCUGUCUCGCUGCGCUUCUGUCCUAUCCUACUUCCGCCUCUAUCACCAAAUUUCAGCAGGCAGAGCUCAAGAACUUAAUCGUCAAGAGGAGCUACGAGAAAUUUUACGCUCGUGCUAAUGCAACCGACGGCCAAACAUCCUAUGCUCCCGCGACGAACCAGUCCUGUCCCUUUCCGUCCGAUCAUGAUUACAUACGACCAGCUACCUCUCUUUCGACGAACGAAACGACGUACAUCGAAGGGCGAUUGAAUAAUGCCAAGGACUCACUCAAAACGUUCUUCACCAACGCCAACUUCACCCUGGACAAUUUGGAUGACUUGCUUAGCAACACCAAUACGGUGCCUCGCGUUGCAAUCGCCAUUUCCGGAGGCGGUUACCGAGCUAUGUUGCACGGAUCAGGGGGCAUCAGCGCUUUGGACUCGCGGAACGAUUCAUCUGUCGCUGGUUUACUGCAAAGCAGUAUAUACAUGGCCGGAUUGAGCGGCGGCAGCUGGGCUGUUACUAGUUUUGCUGCGUCGGACAUGGCAUCGCCUUACUACCUCGAGAGCAAUGUUUGGAACAUGGAAGAUAGCCUUGUAGCUCCAUCUGGGAUUGUCAACGCUGCAGAGUAUUAUUCGGACGUUGUCGCCGAUGUGCUCGAUAAGAUACACGCUGGAUUUGACACGAGCAUUACAGACCUGUGGGCGCGAGCUCUCAGCUAUCACUUAUUCGAUAGUAAUGUCUAUCCCGAUCAUGCUGCCACGACUACUUUCGGCGGUGCCAUCCGUAACACGAGUACCUUUCGGGCUCAGCAAAUGCCAUAUCCUAUCAUUGUCGCGCUCGAGCGAGAGCCAGGGCAACUCAUCGUAGGACAGAAUGCCUCAAUCUUCACGUUCGACCCGUACGAAUUUGGCUCAUUCGAGCCACUGGGCGGGAACGGAUUAGGCGCUACAACUGGUGCAUUUGUACCCAUUGACCAAGUUGGGACCAAAUUCAAUGACGGCAAGGUUGCCGAGAACCAAUGCGUCUCUGGUUUCGAUAAUAUCGGUUUCACGGUUGCAACCUCAGCCACAAUCUUCAAUGAAGCGUUGAUCGAACUGACCGACGAUGGCUCAACGUCUGGUGUCAUCCAGUCGGCGCUGAAGGACGCCAUCGAAGAGAUCCUAGGUAGCCUCUCCGCGAGCAACAAUGACAUCGCCCCAUACCCGAACCCGUGGUACGGGUAUCUUCCACAACAAAACGAUAUUGCAGGCAAUCAGUCGAUCAGUCUUGUCGAUGGAGGAGAGGCUUUGGACAAUAUCCCUCUAUGGCCGCUUCUGAACCCCGAUCGUCAAGUAGACUUCGUCAUGGCGUACGAUUCCUCGGCAGACACCGAUUACAGCUAUCCCAACGGAACUGCCAUGAUUGCGACUUGGAACCGCACGAUGUAUAAUUCACAGAAGUACUCAAUGCCGAACGUGCCCACCAAUUCGAAUUCUUGGGUUAACCUCGGACUCAACUCUCGUCCAACAUUCUUCGGCUGCAACGCGUCCGACGUGACUAACUAUAAUGCUUCGGCGAACUGGACUGCCCCCAUUAUCGCGUACAUCCCUUCAUGGCCAUGGUCCUACUUUGCGAACACCUCGACCUACAAACUGUCCUAUGAGCACAGCGAGUCACUUGGUGCUCUCAACAACGCAUUUCAUAGCACGACUCUGAACGACACGGUUUCCGAUUGGCCUAAGUGCCUCGCGUGCGCUGUGGUGAAACGCAGCGUCGAAAGGUCGGGUCUUAGCCACAGCGAUCAAUGUCAAGAAUGCUACAAUACAUGGUGUUGGAAUGGGACAACAAACGAUACCCAGCCGUCCACAUACGAACCAUUCCUCGGAAGCCUGCCUAAAUUCGUGGCGGACAUCACAAAUCAAUCACAGUACACUCGUAAGUCUGGUUAG